GGCAGUGCUAAACCCGUAGCCUCUGCGGAAAUACAAGUCAUUGGUAGAAUAAACGCCUCUCAGACAUCAGUGCAGAGCAGAAGAAAGAAAAAAGGAAGAUGGAUAGUGUCUUUCGUUUGUGAUGACCUUGUUUAAUUUCCUGCCACUUCGGCAUGGAGACAGCGCUGUCGGUUUUCGCCAAACCUCCUCGCACCGUCUGGUCUGAACCGGUUCGGGAUGUGCGCGGUCUCGUGCUCACUGCAGACUCCACGCACGCACUGAUUCGCGCAGCAGUCCGCGCCCUCUUCACGCUCCGUGCAGAAACGCUCUCAUUGGUCAGGAUGUGCACGACCCACCCACAUCUCCCGCGUGCUGUUUGGACGACGAGUGAGUUCCCCAGUUGUGAUUGGUCGAUGCCCCUCCAAAACUUUUAUUUUGGGGCAAGCCCCGUUUAUUGUGCACGGGCACGCGGAGAAAUGGAGUUGUAAACGAAGCUCGUGCACGUUUCAGCACCAAAAACUCGUGGACAGCAGCCAACGGAGGAGAAGGGGGUGACGCUGAGGGUUAGCUUAUUGUGAUAAACACAAGACCGAGCGGUUUGCGACGCCACACUGCCGCUGCGAUCGCGGGAAACCUUCACCGGUGGCACUGAGUCGGGGAGGGACGACACACAGCGGCACAGCCUGUGCUUUGUUCGCCCCGGCGGGCAGAUCGUGCCGCGAGCUGGAUAUCGGUUAGAGACACGUUUCAGCGGGUGAACACACCGUUUUUCUCGGUUCGCUCGUGUCGAAUUUUUCGCGGUCUGGAGCCCACUAACUGCACCCCGGGAAGACCUAACGCCUGCAGAUGAGGGGAAACAAAGGUGAUAACGACUGUUAUUCAUCGGUCCGCGCGACGGUUGAGCCGGGGUCCUGUUUUUAGCCACAUAGCAACUUGCUCGUGCUGCUAGCCUCUCCAUUGUGUGAGCAGCUCUGCCGCCAGACCCCCGAGUCACUCUCUGCCGCCACACACCUGCUAUAACUGUGUGUUCUCCGCCGGAUUUUUUACUUUUUUGAAUCCACCCAUCCAAAAUGUGCUCUCGGAUUUGGUUCGUGACCGACCGGCGGAUCAGCCAGGAGUACCCGCAGGUCCAGAUCCUCCGGGCGCUCAAGGAGCGCUGCUCCGACGAGGAUGUUGAAUUCCGCUCGCUGCUCAUGGAUGAAAUCGUGCUAACGAUCAGCGAUGGACAAUUAGGUCUGCGAGUGGAGCAGGAACUAGUGACAUCUUAUCCACAGGUGGUGGUGGUGCGGGUGCCCACGCCCUGGGUGCAGUCAGAUAGUGACAUCACCGUGCUGCGCCACCUGGAGAAGAUGGGCUGUCGGCUGCGAUCAACCGGUCCCCAGGCUAUACACUGUGUCAACAAGUUCUGGACCUUUCAGGAGCUAGCCGGCCACGGAGUGCCUCUUCCUGACACCUUCUCUUACGGUAAAUCAAUAGGCCAUGACAACUUCCGAAAAAUGAUUGACGAGGCAGAGCCACUCGGCUACCCCGUGGUGGUGAAGAAUGCACGGGGCCACAGAGGGUAAGAGCGCAAAGCUGUGUUCCUGGCCCGGGACAAACACCACCUGACAGACCUGUGCCACUUGAUCCGCCACGACACCCCCUACUUGUUUCAGGAGUAUGUCAAAGAGUCGCAUGGCCGUGACGUCCGGGUGGUCCUGGUGGGCGGCCGUGUCAUCGGCUCGAUGCUACGCUGCUCCACGGACGGUCGCAUGCAGAGCAACUGCUCUCUGGGGGGGUGUCCUGUAUGAUGUGCCCCACUGAGCGAGCAGGGGAAGCAAGCUGGCCAUCGAAUGUCCAACAUCCUCGGCAUGGACGUGUGCGGCAUCGACCUGCUGCAGAUGAACGACGGCUCCUUUGUGGUCUGCGAAGCGAACGCAAACGUUGGCUUCAUUGCCUUCGACCAGGCAUGCGGCAUGGACGUGGCGGGCAUCGUCGCCGACUACGCCCUGUCGUUGCUCCACAGCCGACUCACCGUAAAUGUCCCUGCUGUCCGUGGUGUCGAAACACCAGCGAGACCAGCAGCGAGCCCGGGUGGCCCCGUGCCCACCGGGGGCGGGGGCUCGCUGCCCGAGGCCGUCUGCAACAUGUCCGUGGGUUCUACCUCCAGCGAGAGUGACCCCGAGCUGGCGGAGCCCUCCCAGUCCUCGCCCCGCCAGUCCACAGCCCCCCCCCUGCCCGACCUCCCCGAUCCAGCCUACAACUUCAACACUCUUCUCGCCAAUGAGAUCAAAUUAUUGACUGAGUAAGAUCCAAGCAGCUUCAUGCACACACACAAACACGACAAAUGCAUAUGAAGAAUGAGCACACACACACACACACACACACACACACACACACACACACACACACACACACACCUGUACGCAUGGCAACUGACAUUCCUUUUGUAAACACAUAUCAAUCCAAAAACCCUUCAAACACGUUGUUUAAUGCAAAACAUGAGCGGUGAAAACACAUUCAAACACAACCACGGGAAUACAAACACCAAAACAUGAGCCUUAUCCUACCAACUCCCUUAAAAAAAAAAGAUUUCAAAAAAAAAGAUCUGAGGCUGCUCCCCUGACUCCGCGCUCUCCAAAACGGUAAACCCCAAUUUACCCCAAACUUAGCUUACACUGCAGGCAUGGUGGCGGGAGUGGGAUAUAGUGCAUACGUUUACUAGUUUCAAUUAGCAAAAAUACUGAGGGUGAAGGUGGUGUGUUUCUUGGGGUGGGCGUGGGAUUCCAAUAAAGGCAUGCACCUGUCAUAUUGUUUCCUUACUACACCGUAUUAUUUAAAGGAGAGUCUAUGGUAUGUUGUCAUAAAAGAGGGGUUUCCUGCUGAGACUGUAGUACGGUUAGAUGGAGAUGAAGUGUUUUUUUUCUAAGUCAUUCGCUCCUUGGGAGAGCGAUACAUCCUCAUGCUGGGCACAUUACCCUGACAGUUCUGAUGUAGCCAUGUAGUGCUCCUGUCGAGGACACAGAACUAGAGGGGCAGAAACUGAAGCUAGGCAAAUUAAAUGUCAAUUUUCUGCUUUUCAUAACGAGAGUUUAAAUCACUACACUUUUCAUAUGGUGUAAAUCCAACUACAACAGAAUGUAUACACAAUGUUUUAACUUUUCUACAACUAAAAUCCAUUAAAUGCCAAUUUUUAAACGCUAAUAUUAAAUGUAGCCCAAGUUGCUACAUUGACCCUGAAUAGAGGUUACCUUGUUCAUGCGUUAUAUUAUCAACCCUCCUGUGCACUGUGAAUGAAGCAGGAUGUUAAUGUAAGCAGAACUGCGCUAACCGGUGUGAAGUAGUAGAAAUAAUAACAAAUAGCAUUUCUGUCUGAGUCAACAACCUGGAAUAUCAAAAUGAAUUGAGUGCAAUGAACUCAAUUUUUUUAUUUAUAUUCCUAGCCUGUUGAUAAGCCUUACCAGCAGCAGUAGCAGUUUGCUGCUUUUUAUAAAAUAAUAAAAUGUCUAGCACUUACGAUAAACUGAUGUAUUUUUUUUCUCGCUCAGCUGACAUAUUUAGGAAACACGAGACAGGUGUGAAAGCUGCGUCCACACCUGUAAACAGAAUAUACCUCAGAACAGUGACUCCUCACUGCCAUAGGAUGACAUAGAUAUUCAAACAUACAGAACAUAUCAGCCGGGAUGCUUGUGGUUUUCAAAUGGCCCCUGACCCAGGUGUUCCUUCCUUUAUGUCUAAGAGCUGUAAGUGUGUAUUAUUUUGUAUUGCUUUACAGCUUUUUUUGUAAAUAUUUAGAUAGGGAUUUAGCUUCGAUGCAUACUAGUAUACAGCUGCUGAAACUGGAACGGCUGACAUAACUGCCAACAUUGACAUUUACAUAAGCUAUUGUGGACAAACUUCUUUGUAUAGACCUGCCAUCUUUAAAGGUUUAAAAUGAAAUUUGGUGCUAACAUUUCUGAAUUUGAUUAGAUGUGUUUCCUCAGUCGUAUGAGUUGUAGAUUUUUUCUUUUACGUUUUCAACUUUUUUUUUAUAACAAUGAAGUAUCCUAACCUUUAGAAUAUGUUGGCAUAGUGUACAAAUAAUAUGGGAAUUAUAUUUUUGCCGCAUCUUUGAAUAGAAUGUUACUUUUUAUUUUUCUUAGAGAAGAAAUGGAAAAACAAAAUCCAGGGAUUUCAGCGGCCAAGAGCAUAUUGCUUACGGUUUUUGGGUUCUGUUUAUUUACCUCCUGUAGGCCUUCUGAAAUAACUACUAAAAUAGAGGUAGGGGCAUGGGCUAAAUGCCAUUCAUUAGGACAAAUGGGACAAAAGCACAAACAUUAGUUGUUCUCCAUAGUGACGUCCAUGUUUUUAGACUUAUAAUAACCCUUCCUGUUGAACAUAUCUCAGGGAAGCAGCCUGGAUCUCACCUCUGACCCCCAAAAGCACGACAUAUCCAUUUGAGCUAGAGACAUGCAAAACAUUACACAUAGCUACAGGCAGACAGAAAGAUACACAAACAACAAUACAUAAAAGGUUGUGAACUACAGUAUAAGACAUGUGGUGUAUACCAUGGUUACCAUGCACCUUUUCGCCCUGCUUGUUUUAUAUUGUUCCUUGUUUUCUUCCUAAUUUAUGGUCUUUUAGAGAAGAAAAGUGGGUUUUGUGUACACUAAUGUCUCAAUAAAGUGAACCGCUGUGAAGCUUAAUAAUAUUUUCCUCUUUGUGGGCCGAAUUUACUAACGCCUGGAAUUCUAACAGGGGCCUGCUUGAGGGUGCCAAAUCUAAAACCGCCAGACAACAGGAAAGCAGCUUUCACUCUAAGUCUGCUGUCAAGUGCAUCACAGUGGCUCUACUGAGAGAAUUACCACCGUUUACACUACUGUGCUGAUGGUGUCACGCUAUCUAUAGUAUCUGACAAACCAAACUGUGAAAUCCGCUGAUGUCCACUGUCCUGACAUGCAAGGGGGCGGUGGGCUGAUUAUCAACAAGUCCCCAUCCUAAAAUCAAAGCUUAUAUUAGUAUCUCCAAUUGUUGUCCCCUAUUUUUCAAGUCUCGUCUUUUUCAUUCAAGCCUUUGUCAUCCCACAUGGUGUAUGUCAGUGAAAAUGUCAGAUCACAUAUCCUUUGAAGACAUAACAAGCCCAGCCAUAAGAAAGAGUGAAUGUGCAUAUCUCUCUUGAAGCCCUGUUGUUUAAAUCUGUAGUUUACACAUCAUCCAUAAUCCACACAGUGCACAUUCAGCCUCUUCAGGUUCAUUUGACUGUGCCCAACAACUGUUAUAAUGCCUUUUUAUUGCCUGGCUUCCUCGGGGAGCAAUGAUUUGAGGAUCAGUCGGGUCAAGAUCCCAAUUCAGGUGGGUUUCUUUUCUUCUGCUUUGUAAUUCGUAGACCAGUGGCAUGAUACACGGCAUGGAACCUACUGAAAGAAACGGGCACGGCAUGUUGUGACACAGGGAAGGAAGAAAAACGUGUUAAUCAUGAAAUGAUGGAAAGUGUAUUGCCCUGUGGUGCUUGGCCAGCCUGGAACAAACAUGAAAGGACCCUUUGGACUAGUCACUUGUGUACAACGACACAAAAGAGCACAAGGUUACUAUUUCAUUCCAAACUGCUGCUAAUGUAUAUUUGGCUAAAAAAUUAAAAAGGGAAUAUGCGGAAAUCAAAGUGUUUCCAUGUUUGCUGCCAUCUCGACACAUGAAAAUGAAUCGGAAUGCCAAAAACAAACAUUUUGUUGUAUAAUUUAGUACUAGUAACACUAGUAGUGAGAUGAUUUUAAAAGUGAUACUUUGUUUUGAUAAUGACAUUAAUUUUUCAGAAUUGUAUAUAAUAUGUAGGAUUUCUCAGCAAUCACCAGGUUCAUUUUAUGUCCAAUGUGUUUUAAAAACGAACCUGAGGUUUGCUAAAAGUUUACAACAUUCUUUGAUUUGCAGAAGGAAGCAUGCAAUGUUAUGCUCUGUUGAUAUAUAGACAUUAAAUGUCUUCAAUUACAUCUGCAUAGCAUAUGGUGAAAUUGAUGAAUGGUAAUGGUCUGCUAGGUACGAGGUGAGCAAAAACUUGCAAGAAAAACUGUUGAAGCAAAUGCCCUUGCCAUGAUUCUGUUCUGUAAUCAUUCUAACAGUGUUUACAAAACGGAUCCAAACAUCAUGUUAUUCACAAAUGUGCAAAAGGAUGUAA